UUUAAAUAGAUUUCUCCUUUCUCAACCCAAGGGUUAAAGUUGAAAGGUGACGUCAGACACACCCCUCUGCUCUAAAAUAAACAUGGCGGAGACUGAGCAGCAAUCAGGCUCCUCUCCUGAAGAUGACGCCCCACCCCUCCCCAUCAAUUACGACUUCAUGGUCCCAAAGAAGGAGAUCAGUAUGGUUCCGGACAUGGGCAAAUGGAAGAGAUCUCAGGCAUAUGCUGACUACAUGGGAUUUGUAUUGACUUUGAAUGAGGGGGUGAAAGGAAAGAAGCUUACGUGUGAAUACAAGGAGUCUGAGACGAUUGAGAAGCUCAUGUCUCUGCUGAACACCCUAGACCAGUGGAUCGACGAGACGCCUCCAGUGGAUCAGCCCUCUCGCUUCGGCAAUAAGGCAUACAGGACCUGGUAUUCCAAACUGGACCAGGAGGCAGAAGCCUUGGUUUCCACGGUGAUUCCGGAAGGCAGAGCGGGGGCGGUGCCCGAGGUAGCUGUUUACCUGAAGGAGGCGGUGGGAAACUCCACCAGGAUAGACUACGGCACAGGGCAUGAGGCAGCGUUCGCCGCAUUCCUCUGCUGUCUUUGUAAGAUCGGAGUGCUGCGUGUGGAUGACCAGCUGGCAAUCGCUUUCAAAGUUUUUGACAGAUAUCUGCGGGUGAUGCGGAAGCUGCAGAAGACCUACCGGAUGGAGCCGGCCGGCAGCCAGGGGGUGUGGGGGCUCGACGACUUCCAGUUCCUGCCCUUCAUCUGGGGGAGUGCCCAGCUCGUAGAGCAUCCCACACUAGAACCACGCCACUUUGUGGAGGAGAAGAUUGUGAACGAGCACCACAAGGACUACAUGUUUUUCGAGUGCAUCAAAUUUAUUAAUGAAAUGAAGACCGGCCCGUUUGCGGAACACUCCAACCAGCUCUGGAACAUCAGCGCCGUGCCCACCUGGUCCAAGGUCAACCAAGGGCUCAUCAGAAUGUACAAAGCUGAGUGUCUUGAAAAAUUCCCGGUGAUCCAGCACUUCAAGUUCGGCAGUCUACUCUCUAUCCAGCCCGUCAAGUCUUGAGAUGCCCCUCACUGGUCGGCUCGCUCACACACACACACACCCCACCACACCACACCGCGCGCGGCCCAACCACCACACCCCAGCUGGCAGUGCCUGUGUGGGUAGGGGGAGGGGGCGAGUGGGGGUAUCGCACCCGGAGCAACCCCCCUCACUGGAGUGAACGAUGCCCCAUCGUAGGCCUAUACCACACGCUUCCUCACCCCACCCCGCACCAAACUGUUCCCUCCUCCUCCUCCUCCUGCUCCCCCAUCUUUAGUAGCACCUAAAGCAGUACUCUUUGACAGCUCUGCAUCUCUGUAGCCACCCACCCACCUCAGCCCCCUCCGGCAAAAUGUCUCACACGUACUGCGCACAACCCCCCCAGCCCCCACCCCGUUCACCUGUUCGGUUACCGUUACCCCCACCCCAUCUCUUAGCAGCAACCGGGGAAAGAAUAUAUUUUAGAAAAGAAAAGCCCAGCUGCCCUGACUUGCGUGUGUGUAUGUGUGUGUGUGUGUGUGUGUGAGAGAGAGAGCAUGCCUGUGUGCUUGCGUUGUAUGACGUGUGUGUCAGUCAGUGUAUGUUGCAUUUUAGGAGGUUUUUACUUCCUCUGUUCCGCAAUAAUGUGUGGAGGGAAAAUGAACUAUGUCAUUCUGUUGUAUUUAUGUGAGUGUACCCAUGAUGUACUGUAUGUAUGAUGCUAUAAACAAUAAUUAGGCAUACUGGUGGAAACCCACCAAUGGACCUGACCUGCUUUAUUCCUGAUAUUUUUUUGUAUUUGCUCACUGAGUUGUAGCGUUUUGGUUUUUAAAAUAAGACCACUAUGUGAUGGCUGUUUUUUUAUUUUGUAAGUCUCUUCUCAUUGCUGGGCCUUUGUGUUUUAGAACCUCAACUCAAACGGGUAAAAUAAAGCCUAAUGGACAUCACAAAUCAA